AUGGCGACGAAGACCGCGUCGCCACUACCGCCGACCGCCGCACCACCUCCGACCACCGCACUACCGCCGACCACCGCACCACCUCCGACCACCGCACUACCGCCGACCACCGCACCACCUUCCGACCGCCGCACCAUCUCCCGCCGCGGCAGGCGGCCCCAGGGUCGCGCCACCACCACCAGCGAUCCCGUCAGUCUGCGCGGUAUUGGCUCGGGCGACCACCGACCCGACUCUGCCUCCACCGGUCCGGGUCCACCUGCCGGACGGCGAAACCGCCGAGGUCCCGCACUUCGCCGCACACCGAGGCCGAAAAUACAGGGUGCAGACCACCACGGGGCGUUGGGUGGUCCGCUUCGACCACCGAGGCCGCCAACGCUCCGUGAAGCGACUGCCGGACCGGGAGGUUCCCCGUGA